CCGGGUUUGUCUGCUCGCACGUCCCGGCCCGCGGCGGUGCAGAGAACAAAAGGACAGGAUAAUAAAGCACAAAAUGGUUCUUUGCAUCAGAAGGACACGGUUCAUGACAAUGACUUUGAGCCCUACCUUUCUGGACAGUCAAAUCAGAGUAACAGUUACCCCUCCAUGGCCGAUCCCUACCUGUCCAGCUAUUACCCACCAUCCAUCGGAUUUCCUUACUCCGUCAAUGAGGCGCCGUGGUCUACUGGAGGGGACCCUCCCAUCCCAUACCUCACCACCUAUGGACAGCUCAGUAAUGGAGACCAUCAUUUUAUGCACGAUGCUGUUUUUGGGCAGCCUGGGGGCCUGGGGAACAACAUCUAUCAGCACAGGUUUAAUUUUUUCCCUGAAAACCCUGCCUUCUCAGCCUGGGGGACGAGUGGGUCUCAAGGGCAGCAGGCUCAGAGUUCAGCUUACGGGAGCAGCUACACCUACCCACCCAGCUCCCUGGGUGGCACGAUCGUGGAUGGGCAGACGGGCUUUCACAGUGAUACCCUCAACAAGGCCCCUGGAAUGAACAGCCUGGAGCAGGGCAUGGUGGGCCUGAAGAUCGGAGAUGUCACCACCUCUGCAGUCAAAACGGUGGGGUCGGUCGUCAGCAGUGUAGCGAUGACUGGUGUCCUUUCCGGCAGUGGUGGGACAAAUAUAAAUAUGCCAGUUUCGAAGCCGACCUCAUGGGCUGCCAUUGCCAGCAAGCCGGCAAAACCACAGCCGAAAAUGAAAGCUAAGAGCGGACCGGUAAUCGGGGGCACGCUGCCCCCUCCGCCUAUAAAGCAUAACAUGGACAUUGGCACGUGGGAUAACAAAGGGCCCGUGCCCAAGGCCCCAGCUCCUCAGCGGGCGCCCUCCCCCCAGGCGGCCCCACAGCCCCAGCCGGUUGUGCAGCCUCUUCCUGCCCAGCCUCCUGCUUUGGCCCAGCCACAGUAUCAGAGCCCUCAGCAGCCACCCCAAACCCGCUGGGUCGCCCCUCGCAAUAGAAACGUGACAUUUGGGCAGAGCGGAGGGACUGGUGGUGAUAGUAACUCUUCUGGUAAUACCCAGCCAAAUUCUGCCCCAAGUGUAGAAUCCCACCCCGUCCUUGAAAAACUGAAGGCUGCCCACAGCUAUAAUCCUAAAGAGUUUGAUUGGAAUCUUAAAAGUGGACGUGUGUUCAUAAUAAAGAGCUACUCCGAGGAUGACAUCCACCGCUCCAUCAAGUACUCCAUUUGGUGUAGCACGGAGCACGGCAACAAGCGCCUGGACAGCGCCUUCCGCUCCAUGAGCAGCAAGGGGCCUGUCUACCUGCUCUUCAGCGUCAACGGGAGUGGGCACUUCUGCGGGGUGGCCGAGAUGAAGUCGCCCGUGGACUAUGGCACGAGUGCUGGGGUCUGGUCUCAGGACAAGUGGAAGGGCAAGUUUGACGUGAAGUGGCUUUUUGUUAAGGAUGUGCCCAAUAACCAGCUGCGGCACAUCAGACUGGAGAAUAAUGACAACAAGCCAGUCACAAACUCCCGAGAUACCCAGGAGGUGCCCUUAGAAAAAGCAAAGCAAGUGCUGAAAAUCAUCGCUUCCUACAGGCACACGACCUCCAUCUUCGACGACUUUUCUCACUACGAGAAGCGCCAGGAGGAGGAGGAAGUGGUGCGCAAGGAACGGCAGAAUCGGAACAAACAGUAAAGAUGAACUGGUUUCUUACCUGUUCUCGCGUUUGACUGAGAAUCCGUUUCAGAGCAGUGUGCUUGGUGCUGUCUCCUGGCGUGGCCCUGGCUGUCCUCCUGUGCACCGUCCUCCUGCGCAGGCUUGGCGAGCGCGUCGUCACCUUCUCCGUGGUUCGUUUCUGCCCAGAUGGAUCUGCACUCGUUGUAUUUUUCUAUGUAUUAUAGUGUUGCAGAACUCACUAAUAAAGGAGUGUUUUGUCAGCUUGUCACUCAGACUGACCUAAUGUGAAAUAGAAGUAUCCUUAAAAACAAAAAAAAGCGAAACAAA